AUGUCCGCCGACAACACCUCCGUCCCCAUAAUCGUAAACACUCCAGAGGAGCUCGCCCACCCCCAGCCGUCCAAAUAUCAACUGCUCCACGAGUUUCUGAACCGUCUCGAAGCACAAACUCUCGCUGAGGCCAUGAACGAGAAACCGAUUAGACCUUUCUUCGGUCCCCGCGUUUCCUACGAUGCCAACUCCAUGCCGUUUCCCUCCCAGCCAUCAUGGGAACCCCAGUCACACGACAUAUAUCUUGAAAAUGGCAUUCAGUGUGGUCUUUUGCAAGCUGAGGCGCCUGCAAAGCGAUCGGAGAUAGGGUGCAAGCUCCUCGUUGGAAGUUGGUUCGCUUUUGCAACUUUGCUAUUCCUCACGGCCAUCUUCGCUGGGGCGGAGGGCCAAACCAUUAGGUUGUUCUCGUAG